UUUUCUUCUUCUCCCCUUCCCCCUCCUCCUCAGCAAUGUGUUCAAAUCCCUCAGACAGCUACUGGGCACCACUGAAGGGACCAGCCCAGGAGUGGGACAAUAAAAUCCCUGACACCACUGUUCAAGAGGCAUUGGGGGGGGGAAGAUCAGGCCAGCUGCACGGGUAUAAAGCUGUCCUGCGCUCCCAGCACAGCACUGCAGCACAGUUGUUUGCCAGGCACUUCCAGCGCACUCCAAUGGAUAUCACCAUUCACAACCCCCUGAUCCGCAGACCAUUCUUUUCUUGGUUGGCACCGAGCCGUAUCUUUGACCAGAUAUUCGGAGAGCACCUGCAGGAGUCAGAGCUACUCCCUGCUUCCCCCAGCAUCAGUCCCUUCUUGAUGAGAUCCCCCAUUCUUCGGCUGCCCAGUUGGCUAGAGACAGGACUCUCUGAGAUGCGACUGGAGAAGGACAAGUUUUCUGUAAAUCUUGACGUGAAACAUUUCUCCCCUGAAGAGCUAAAAGUGAAGGUGCAAGGGGACAUGAUAGAAAUUCAUGGGAAGCACGAGGAGCGCCAGGAUGAGCAUGGCUUUAUUGCCAGGGAGUUCAGCAGGAAAUACAGGAUUCCAGAUGAUGUGGACCCUCUGACCAUAACUUCAUCACUCUCUCUGGAUGGUGUCCUGACUGUGAGCGCACCAAGGAAACAAAGUGAUGCCCCAGAGCGCACUAUCCCCAUCACCCGUGAAGAGAAGCCUGCCAUUGCAGGAGCCCAAAGGAAGUAGGCUGCUCUUCCAAGUCACCCUGAGGGGACCAUUUGAGAGCACUUUUCACCCGAUACCAGCUAUGCUGAAUGGCUACUCUUAUUAUUUAUGCUGAGAAAGUUUACUAACAAAUAAAACAUGAAUAAGCAGCUU